AUGUGCCACUUUCAGGUCUCCUCACACUGCUGGUGUGUUGAAUUUUUUGACAUAGGGUGCUGGCAGAUUACGGGCCUCCCAUAGCUGCUGCCAGGCCCCUAAUCUGCCAUGGGCCCCUAUACCGCCUCCUCAUGCUGCUGCCAGGUCCAGAGUCUCUCAUGGGUCCCUGUACGGCCUCCCAUUGCUGCUGUCUCCAUCGCCACACUCUGCCAUGUGCCACUUUCAGGUCUCCUCACACUGCUGGUGGGUUCCAUUUUGUCAUAGGGUUGCUGUAUGGCCUCCCAUUGCUGCUGCCUCCACCGCCACACUGUGGCUCCAAACACUGGUUUUGGGCCCGUGACUGGCCAAAUGAGUGAAGUGUGCGGUGAUUCUAAGAUCGACGGCACUCAUCUGCAUGUCAUACUGACUGACAGUAUUAUUUCUCUUCCCCAGCAGACUCCAAGGGCAUUUAAAUUAAAGGUACAGUGUUCUGCACUAAUAUUA